AUGCAUCAAGUUUCUGAUGUCAUUCAAAAACAAGUUGAAAAACUUUUCGGAAAACCAACAGAAGUAGUUGACAAAGAAAUCGAAAAAAUGCUUCUUUUGCCUCAGCUUGGCUCACUUCUUUACAUUGUAGUUGAUCUAAAAAUCCCACAGCUUUUAGAAACUGGUCCAAAGACAGCAGAAGAGUUGGGUCUUGCAACUUCAACGCGCAGCGAUAAGCUUGAGCGUGUUUUACUGACACUUGAAACAAAAAAGCUCUUUAAUUAUAACCCUGUAACAAAGCAAUUUGCAUUGAAUUCUAUUUCUGUUCAUUUUUUGAAAGAAGCUUAUCUUGACUAUAUUAAAUUCUAUUUAGCUCCUUGGCAGAUGGAUUUCCUUCUUCACCGAGCCGAUUGCCACUGUCCAAUCAAGGACGGGGUAAAACUUUUCUGGAAAAAAAACUUUCAAACAUGAAAAUUUUCAUAUUAAAUUGUUUUCCAUAUAAAAUAUCUUAUUCACAAGAGAUAGAGUUUGCAUUAUAUUAGUAAAUAUGCUAUAAACUAUAUUAGAAUUGUGUAAGAGCGAUUAUACUAUAAUAUCUUUUAAAAUUAAUUAUUAUCAAAGAUAGGUAGUUAGAUUUUAAGUGAUGUUAAUUUUUGAAAAUUUGAAAAUUGCUCAUUAAGGAUUUAAUUAAUUUCCCCUUUUUUUCGAAAUUUCAAUGGAUCUUUCAAGAUUGGGGGAGUUAGCGUAAUCCCAAAAAGCUUAAAAUCGGAUAAAACAGCUCCAGAAGAAUACUACAAUACAAAUUUCAUUGAUUUUCUUGGCCAGAAGCCUAUUUAUCUAGAACAAUUUGUUAAUGGUAUCACAAGCCACAUUCUUUGGACAGUCAAUGAAAUUGGCUUAGGGAUAAAUUUAAGUGACUCCACCAAAGUUUUAGAAAUCAGUGGACAAGGUGGUGCUUUAUUAAUAGAAUUAGCCAGGCUUUAUCAGCAUAUUCAAGGCACUGUUUACGAUAUUGAUUUAUUUAAAGAUAUAACAGAGAAAAAAAUCCAAGAAAAUAAUUUUCAAGAAAAAUUAAAAUUUGUUUCAGGAAAUUAUCUUGAAUCAAUACCAAUAGGCUAUGACACAAUUGUGGCGAAAUGCAUUUCGAAAGAAAAUAAUGAUGCCAAUUUUGAAAAAAUACUGGUUAAUAUGAGAAAUGCUUUAAACGUGGGGGCAAAAAUAUUCUUAGUUGAUAUUGCUAUUGAUAAGACUCAUACAAAUUAUAGAUUCGAAAGAUUUAAUGAUAUUGUGGCAAUGAGCUUAACUGAUGGGAGAGUGAGAACAAGAGUAGAAAUUGAAGCGUUUUUGAAUAGGACUGGGUUUAGAAUUCUAAAUAUAACUCCUGCGAAAACUGAUAUAGUUAUUGAAGCAGCAGCUGUUUAA